AUGCUCUGGAGAAACUGCUUCUUUGUUGUCCUCUCUCUGCUGUCAAUGACGCGGACGGUCACUGCGCAGUUCUUUGCGACGCCUCUUGACUGUAGGAAGAGCUGUUUGUGUGCCAGUAACAUCAUCAGCUGCUCCAAGACAAACCUGACACAGAUCCCCACAGAGCUCCCUGCCUUCACCGCCGUCCUGGACCUCAGCUUUAACUCCAUCAGUCGAGUGAAGGCAGACUGGACGCCCCACAGACUGGGGCGCCUCCACACAUUGCAGCUCAGCCAUAAUGGGCUGUACUUCCUCUCCACAGAGGCCUUUGUGUAUGUGACUCGCCUGCGUCUUCUGGACCUGUCCUCCAACAACCUGAAGCAGCUGGAUGAGUUCAUCUUUGAGCCUCUUGAGCACCUGGAGGUGCUGCUGCUCUACAACAACAGGAUCACUCAGAUCGACCGCUCUGCCUUUGCCGGCCUCAUGAAUCUGCAAAAACUCUACAUGAGCAACAACCAGGUGUCCCGCUUCCCCCUGGAGCUGGUCAAAGAGCGCAGUCGGCUGGAGACACUCAAGCUGCUAGACGUGUCUGGGAACAAGAUCAAAAAUCUGCCUCUGAAUGAUCUGCAGGAGCUGCCUGCCUGGGUCAAAAAUGGAUUGUACUUCCAUAGAAACCCAGUGCCCUGCAGCUGUGAUCUGUACGACCUUGUGGCUCGUUGGUUCAACAUGGAGCUCAGCUCAGUUGUGGACUACAGGGACGAACACUCCUGUGUCAUGCCAGGCCCAGCUAAGAAUAAGCUGGCUGUCAUGGACCUGAACAAAGUUUACCUGAACUGCAGUGAGGUAACGGUGAUGAACAGAGAGUCUUUUCUUGAGCAGUUCCUGGUUCUCGACUGUGACACGCGACAGAAGAAUGUGGUGAAGAGCUGGGUGCUGCCCAGGAACAUUCUGCUGUCCCCAGCUCAUAAAACAGCUUUGAUGCUGGAUGGUGGAAGCCUGCAAAUUGGGCCACUCACAGCUGAGGAUUCUGGUGUUUACACCUGCUAUGCCACUGGAGAGGCUUUCAAUGAAACCCUCUAUGUGACUGUGUUGGUGUUCAACGGGACAAUGAGUGGGGGGCUGGAGAACCUGAAGACCGCCUACACCACUCUGGUGGGCUGUCUGAUCACUCUGGUCUUGGUGCUCAUUUACCUUUAUCUCACACCCUGCCGCUGCCCCUGCUGUCCAGGACAAGACUUAGAGAAAAUUGAUCCCAGGGAUAGUCUGCACUCCUCCACCGUCAGCAUCGCUAACAGGGCUCAGGGUGAAACGGGACAGGCCUUCUCCUACAAACAUGUGGGCUUCAUGGAUGAGCAGCUGAAGCAGAAUGGUCGUCUGAACCCGAUUGGAGAGGAGGAUGAGGAGUGGCAGGGCGAGGCCACAGAGCGGGGCACCAGCUCAGGGCACCGCUACUCACCGAUGGUUGUGUAG